CGCUGGCUCAACAGGAGCACGGCCGUGAGUUCGUUGUAGUCUUCUCGGUGAGGAGCUGCCAUGCAGACAGACGAGCUUGUUCCUUGUGCAAAAAGUGAUUUGUUGAGAUCUUGCGGCACUUUUCGUGUUCUUGUUGGUGUGACGGGAAGUGUGGCAGCCUUGAAGCUGCCUCUUUUGGUCACACAGCUUCUUCAGCUCCCCGGGGUGGAUGUAAGAGUGGUUACAACGGAGCAUGCCAAGCACUUCUAUAAUCCUGAAGAGGUUUCAGUAAAAAUCUACAGUGACACGGAUGAGUGGGAGAUGUGGACUCAGAGAUCUGACCCUGUGCUGCACAUUGAGCUGAGGCGCUGGGCAGACCUACUUGUCAUUGCCCCCUUAGAUGCAAACACUCUUGGAAAGAUUUCUAACGGCAUUUGUGACAAUCUGCUGACAUGUGUGGUUAGAGCCUGGGAUAUGAGUCGCCCUCUCCUCUUCUGUCCUGCAAUGAAUACAGCUAUGUGGCAACAUCCCAUUACAGCCCAGCAGGUAUCCAAGCUGAAAGAGUUUGGAUAUGUUGAAAUCCCCUGCAUUGCUAAGAAACUUGUGUGUGGAGAUGAAGGUAAAGGAGCCAUGGCAGAGGUAGCAACUAUCAUCGGUUUUGUUGAACAGUAUGUUCAGAAACCAAAUGAGUCAUCUGAGAAAACAUGAACAUCACAUCACCUGGCACCAUAGACCAAUAAAAAAAUAAAAGAAUGUUAUGACUUUGUAUGCAUUGCCUUGAAAACACCCAUGGUAAACUGACAUAGGUAUUCUCUCUCAUCCUAUCUGAUAGAAGAUCUUGGGAUUACAUGGGUGUGUACCAACAGCUAUUCACUGACAUUUCCCAGACUUUUCCUGUUAUUGUUGUUGUACCUGUUACGGCAAGGCACCACACAUCUAUAUUGCUCUUACUAUUAUUCCUGGCAUAUUCCUAAACUUCAGAAUAACUAAAAACACCUGUGUCGGGGUACGACACCUUAAUUUUUAGAUGUUGACAGCAGCUAUUAGAGAUAGAAAAUGAAACAGUUUGGUGCUGGUUUUCUAUUCGUCAAACAUUUAUCAUGAAAACACGUUGACAUGAUUGUUGGCUUGUUGAAGACAGAAUUUCCAUCAACUGAUUCUGUUGUUUAAGUUCCUCCCCUUUUAUGCAAUGAUUGUAUCAAUCCCAAAAUAACACUGAUACUGGUGAUUGAAUGUUUCUGUUGUUUACAAAGGAGAAUUUCAUUAGUGACAUGUCAUUGAGCUAAAGGAGCUUAAAAAUGCAGUUCAUGCAAUAACAGUUUUCUACGUAGACUUAUCGUUUUCAAAUUGUUUUCUAAACAGCUAUCCUCCACACUGAAGUGCAUUAAUGUCAUCCAACAUUGGAAAUGCUUACUGAGUAUAUCUUCCUCCUCUUUUGUUAGUAGAGAAAUGGUGUAUUACUGCCAACAUUUUGGAGAGAAUUAAUAUGGCUGUGCAAACUAUAUGGUUGUGGUCAUAUGAAUAACAGUAUGUAAUAUAUUGUAUAUUCUUCUUUUUUCAAAUUACAGCACAAGUAUAAAAUAGUAACUGGAUUGAGGUAUAAAAUAUUCCACCCAGAAUUUAAUACAUACUGUCACCAUCAAAGGUUAAAGGUGAAAUAAAUCUGGAUUAAU